CUCCACCACUUCAGUUUCUUCAUUGCUGACUCUAAGACCUCACAAGAAGAUGGCAGCCAGGCUGAUGCAUCGUUGGUAUUGGCUCUGCAGAGUCUUCUCCCCUUUGGGCAUCCAAACUGGCCAGUUGAUGAAGGCCACAGGGUCAGCCAGACCCCCCUUUGCUUCAAUGACCACUUGUAACCUCUCGCAAGCGGUAGAUAAGCUUUCCAUGAAGGAGCUGGAGAACAAACCACUGGAAAAAUCUACCAGAUGGGAAGACCUCAUUGUCGCCUCUUCCAGUGUAGAAGAACUCCUCUGUUCAGAGAACCUUCACAACAUCAAUGGAAAACAGGCUGCCCUAAUGAUCACACACUUGUCCCAUCUAGUGUCAAAGCUGAAACUGGACCAUGAGGUCAUAGUAAAGGAUAAACGCUUUCAACAGCUACUCUACCACACAUACAGGGAGGCUUCCAGGAUCGAUCAGAUGCUGUUGAUAAACCUCCUGAAGAGCCUCUAUUUCCUGGGAGUGAGCCAGCAGCAGAAGGAGCUGCUCUCCGCGGAGCAGGAAGUGCGCUGGCGGAUGAAGAGCCUGUCCUACAGGCGCCUGGCAUCUCUGGCUACCUACAUGUUCACCUAUUUCCCGAAGGAGAAGCCCAAUGAGCUCCUGAACGAGCUGAUGGUCCAGCUUGAAAUGCGCUGGACGGAGAUCGAGGACGCUAAUACCAUAGCAAUGCUGAUGGCUAAGCAGGAAUACUUCUCCCCUCAGCUAAAGGAGCGGCUGGAGGAUAAGAGCCUGGAGCUGGCCAUGCAUUUCACUCCCGAGGACAUUCGGAGGAUCUCCGUCACCCUGGCGCAGCAGAACUUCCGUUCCUUGCCUCUCCUCCGAGCCAUCUCCUACCAUUUUGUCCAGAAGCACGUUGCGGUCACCCCGGACAUCCUGCUAGACUUGGCUUUUGCCUUUGGGAAGCUGAAUUUCCACCAGACACAGAUGUUCCAGAAGAUUUGCUCGGAUCUCCUCCCUCACAUCCCUGACUUGCCACCCAAGGAUGUGGUCCGGUGCAUCAAGUCUUUCUCUUACCUCAAAUGGCUUAACCUGCCCUUCUUCGAGGCCUCUGCAGAGUACUUCAUCAACAAUAGCAAGAAAUUUACUAAGAUGGAGUUAAUUAAUCUCCUCGUUUCUUUUGCUCGCUUGAAUUUCCAUCCGAGCAACAAAGACGUCUUCUACUCCAAGAGCCACCACAUUCUAGAUGGCCAUCUGGGCAGCCUAGAUCCUUGGGUGCUGGUCGACCUGGUGUGGUCCCUGUGUGUGCUGCAGCAAGCAGAGGCCGUCCAUUUCCAAACAGUUUUGCUGCCAAAGUUUUUCUCAAACUUCUUCGGAAAUUGGACCCAACACAGAAAAAACUACUGGCUCAAACUGAUGCACAUCAACACCACGGCCCAGCUGGAGUGUGCUGGCUACACGGGUCCCUUCUUGCCACCAGAGAAACUGACCCUCCAGGAAUUAGGGGUGCACAAAGCAUCAACCCCGCUGCAGACCGAAGUGAAAGAAGUCCUCACCAGGAUUGCUGGAGAGGAGGCAAACGUGCGCUUUAAUGUGGACACCCCCUAUGGCUGGAAGCUUGAUGCUGAGAUGGUGCUGGAUUCUGAAAACAGCCCACUGCCUGUUGCAGACUUUGACACUUUAUCCUUGGACCACCAGUCCAAAGCUCCUGAGUCUUUGCAGUCAGGGGUGAGAAGACUUGCUUUCCUUCUGUGGGAAUUCCCCAACUUCAGCAGCCGGAGCAAAGACCUGCUGGGCCGGUUCGUCCUGGCUCAGCGGCACAUCCAAUCCGCCGGCUUCCUGAUUGUCGAGGUUCCCUAUCAUGAAUGGUUUAACUUGAAUACGGAAUGGAAGAAGACGCAGUAUCUGAAGGAUAAGAUGCAGAAGGCCGUGGCCAAGGAACUGGCAGAAUAGAAACCCACGCCAGCAGUUUUGAAGGAUCAAUAAUUGGAUUGCUGCACCAAAGUGCUUCUGCCCACCCGUCCUCAAAUCCAUCUUGGGAGCUGCUCCUGGAGGGGCCUUUCCAGCUGUGUGUAUAGAGAGAAAUGCCGUUGAAUUAAAUGAUAUUUUGUACAGAACAGA